AAUCAUAUGAAUUUUGGAUUAUGGAACAGAUAAAAUCUCCACCGGAUUGAUUAGGGUUUAAGCUUUUGAUCAUACAACAAUGAACAUCAUGCCGGAAGAGAGUUUAUUUCAUGAAGUAGUAGGCUUAUUACCCCAACACAGCUCUGAAGAUGGAGUUCUCUUCCCCGUUGUCCUCUGUCCAAACCCUAAAAUUGGAAAAGAAGUUCAAUUAACUGACGCCAUUAAAGCUAACAAAGAAUGGCUAGAUUCUCUACUCUAUAGAUCUGGUGCCAUUCUCUUCAGAGGCUUCCCUGUAUUCUCUGCUUCUGAUUUCAACGACGUCGUUGAGUCCUCCGGCUAUGAAAAUUUCCCAUAUGACAUCGGCGGUGCUGGCUCCAGGACCAACGUCGUUGGCCGUGUUUACACCGCUAAUGAAGCUCCACCUGAUCAGGAAAUUCCGUUUCAUCACGAAAUGUCUCAUGCUCCUGUGUAUCCUUCGAAACUGUUUUUCUUCUGUGAAGUAGAACCAGGAAGUGGAGGAGAAACUUGUAUAGCUCUGAGCCAUGUCAUAUACGAAAGGAUGAAACAGAAGCACCCAAAAUUUGUCGAAGACAUGGAAGAGAAAGGAUUGAUUUACACACGAAUUAUCGGAGAUGAGUCUGAUCCUUCAUCACCGGUUGGCCGGAGCUGGAAACUCACCUUCAAUACCGACGACAAGACUGUGGCCGAGGAAAGGGCUACGAAGUUGGGAAUGAAACUCGAGUGGGUAGAAGGUGGUGUGAGGGUUAUCAUCGGGCCGAAGCCUGGUUCUCGAUAUGACGAGACUCGAAAGCGUAAAAUCUGGUUCAACAAGGUGACAGGAGGAAUGAAAGACAAGCUAAAUCAAGAUCUUUCAAAAGCAGUGAUGUUUAGUGAUGGUAAACCAGUGCCAGCUGAUGUUGCCAAUGACUCCUCUAAGAUCUUUGAUGAGGAGUGCAUUGCACUACAAUGGCGGAAGGGUGACGUCCUGCUGCUCGAUAACCUGGUCGUCAUGCACUCCCGUCGACCGCUCACCGCACUGCCUCGCCGUGUACUCGCCUCGUUUUGCAAGUAAAACAUGCAAAUAUCAAUCGACUGUUUGGUAAACAUAAACGAUUGGAUUUGGUAUUCAAUAAUAGACUUGGGAUCAGAUCAUGUGAGACCAGUCUGUUUUAUGAU